AGUGAGCUUCUGUUCCCCAAGUGCCCGGCUACUAGCAGCGUGCGAUCAAUCCAACGAGUGGGGAAUUUCUAGCCUGCAAUAAGCGAUCCACAACUCGUUGACCGCAAGAUUACCGGCGCGUUAUCAGCUCAAGGAACAGGCAAGCAGAGUGCGCGCGCGCGAGAGAGAGAGAGAUAGUGGGAAAAAACAUAAUUAAAGCAAGGAACAACAUCACCAUGACGUCACUGGCUGUGAUGGAAGUGAACAACAACAACAACACCAAGUCCAGCAACGGUGGAACGGAGUCUGAGAGCAGCGAAAAAUAUCUCCGCGAGCUGACGAAAACCUUCACUGGCAUCGACAAACCGCUGAAGAACGCGCGAAAGUGCGAAACGUUGACCGACCUGAUCGGUGAACUGCGCAGGACCUUCGACGCGGAUCACGUCAACAUCGAGUACGUGAACCAUCUGAUGCUGAGCUACCAAUCGAACCCGGCCGAGUGGCGAAAGUUUGCCAAAUUCGACCGUUAUCGCUACACGAGGAACCUGGUGGAUGUUGGAAACGGCAAGUACAACCUGAUGAUUCUCUGCUGGAACGAAGGACACGCGUCGGCAAUCCACGAUCACGCCGAUUCGCAUUGCUUCAUGAAAAUGCUUAAGGGUCAGCUGGCGGAAACGCGGUACGCCUGGCCGAAGGAUGCGACGGUGAACGAGGACACUAAGGUUGCGGACAUCGGUAACGGUCAGACGGCGGAUGGUGAGGUCGAGUACAAUGGGGACGAGCUGGAGGAGCUGUCCAGGAGCACGAUGGAAACGAACGGAGUGUGCUACAUUAACGACACGCUUGGGCUGCAUCGGGUGGAAAAUCCAAGCCACACGGAUGUAGCCGUAUCCUUGCACCUGUACUGUCCUCCGUUUGACGUGUGCUCCAUUUUCAACAAACAAAAUGGCAAACGCACUAAGUGCAAUGUUACGUUUUGGAGCAAAUUUGGCAAACGAGAGCCAAUGAACAUCAACUAAGCUUGCUUCGAUUCGCGGUCUGGUACUUGUAUUGACUGAUGGUUUGGACGUGUGAUAGCAAACAACGGGUUAAUAAACCAUUACUUUUUUUUGCAUUUCACAUAGCUGUAAUCCUCUAAGAGAAACGUAGGGCUGUAUUUCAUAUAGGAUAAUUAUUUCUGAUUAUAUUUAGAUGAUUAGUAGUUCAAAAUAAGCGUAAAAGUGUAUCAAAUUACAUUUCAAUAAAAUAUUUGUAAAAUUUUC